AGCACAUGCUGGACGGACUCGGGUUCCGCCCUUUGUGCAGACAAAAGUAGCUGGGUGGCCAGGCUGUUCGAGUUAAUGCAGCUUGUUUGAUAAGGUUUUCUUAAGAAAAAAAAAUACAUGUAAAGGAUUUAUCAAAAGCCCUCAUGAAUGUUUCAUGAGUUGAUAUAUUCAGCUGAAUGGAUUCAGUGAGUCUCAGUGUGUAACUUGCAGACAAACCCCAUCCACAAGGAGGCUGGUGACAGAGGAAGCACUUUGGCGCAUUUUCAGAGGCAAAGGCAGGCUGAUAAAGCUCCUUGUGACAGGCUGACUUGCCAGUCUCCCAGUAUGCUGCUCUUGCUCUGAAGUGCUACAGGAUUGGAACCAGAGCUUCCCAAAUUAGCCUGGGGAGAGUGUGCGGACCCAGCAGCCUUUUAACCUGCGGCAGUGCCUUUGCUAUGUUCAAGAUUGUUGUUUUGGAUGGUGAAAGCUAGCGCUCCAUACAAGACAUGACAGCCAAAAAUUCUCCCAAAGAACUUGCUGCUUCUGAAUCUGAGGUUUGCAUAAAGACUUUCAAGGAGCAGAUGCGCUUGGAACUUGAGCUUCCAAAGCUACCAGGAAACAGACCUACAUCUCCCAAAAUUUCUCCACGCAGUUCACCAAGGAAUUCACCAUGCUUUUUCAGAAAGUUGCUGGUGAAUAAAAGCAUCCGACAGCGGCGUCGCUUCACUGUGGCUCAUACAUGCUUUGAUGUGGAAAAUGGCCCUUCUCCAGGUCGGAGCCCACUGGACCCUCAAGCCAGCUCUUCUUCAGGACUGGUACUUCAUGCCGCCUUUCCCGGGCACAGCCAACGCAGGGAGUCUUUCCUCUACAGAUCUGACAGCGACUAUGACUUGUCACCAAAAGCGAUGUCAAGGAACUCAUCACUCCCCAGCGAGCAACACGGCGAUGACCUGAUUGUCACUCCUUUUGCUCAGGUUCUUGCCAGCUUGCGAAGCGUCAGAAACAACUUCACCCUGCUGACAAACCUUCAUGGAGCACCAAACAAGAGGUCACCAGCGGCUAGUCAGGCUCCAGUCUCCAGAGUCAGCCUGCAAGAAGAAUCAUAUCAGAAACUAGCAAUGGAGACACUGGAGGAACUAGACUGGUGCCUAGACCAGCUAGAGACCAUCCAGACCUACCGCUCUGUCAGCGAGAUGGCAUCAAACAAGUUCAAAAGGAUGCUGAACCGGGAGCUGACACACCUCUCAGAGAUGAGCAGAUCAGGGAACCAGGUGUCUGAAUACAUUUCAAACACGUUCUUAGACAAGCAGAACGAUGUGGAAAUCCCAUCUCCCACGCAGAAGGACAGGGAGAAGAAGAAGAAGCAGCAGCUCAUGACCCAGAUCAGUGGAGUGAAGAAGCUGAUGCACAGUUCAAGCCUGAACAACACAAGCAUCUCACGCUUCGGAGUCAACACGGAAAAUGAGGAUCAUCUAGCCAAGGAGCUGGAAGACCUGAACAAAUGGGGCCUUAAUAUCUUCAAUGUGGCUGGGUACUCACAUAAUCGGCCCCUCACAUGCAUCAUGUAUGCCAUAUUCCAGGAAAGAGACCUUCUAAAGACGUUUAAAAUCUCAUCUGACACCUUUGUAACCUACAUGAUGACUUUAGAAGACCAUUACCAUUCUGAUGUGGCAUAUCACAACAGCCUGCAUGCUGCUGACGUGGCCCAGUCAACUCAUGUUCUCCUUUCUACCCCAGCCCUGGAUGCUGUCUUCACAGACCUGGAAAUCCUGGCUGCCAUUUUUGCAGCUGCCAUCCAUGAUGUCGAUCAUCCUGGAGUCUCCAAUCAGUUUCUCAUCAAUACAAAUUCUGAACUUGCUUUGAUGUAUAAUGAUGAAUCUGUGCUGGAAAACCAUCACCUCGCUGUGGGAUUCAAACUGCUACAAGAGGAACACUGCGACAUCUUCCAGAAUCUUACCAAGAAGCAACGUCAGACACUUAGGAAAAUGGUGAUUGACAUGGUCUUAGCAACGGAUAUGUCCAAACACAUGAGCCUCCUGGCAGAUCUUAAAACAAUGGUAGAAACCAAGAAGGUGACUAGCUCCGGUGUUCUCCUCCUGGACAACUAUACUGACCGGAUACAGGUUCUUCGAAACAUGGUACACUGUGCAGACCUGAGCAAUCCUACCAAGUCCUUAGAAUUGUAUCGGCAAUGGACUGAUCGUAUCAUGGAGGAGUUUUUCCAGCAGGGAGACAAAGAACGGGAAAGGGGAAUGGAGAUUAGCCCAAUGUGUGAUAAGCACACAGCUUCUGUGGAAAAAUCCCAGGUUGGUUUCAUUGACUACAUAGUCCAUCCACUGUGGGAGACCUGGGCAGACCUGGUUCAGCCUGAUGCUCAAGACAUUCUGGAUACACUAGAAGAUAACAGGAACUGGUACCAGAGUAUGAUACCCCAGAGUCCCUCCCCACCACUGGAUGAGAGAAGCAGGGACUGCCAAGGUCUUAUGGAGAAGUUUCAGUUUGAACUCACCCUUGAAGAAGAGGAUUCUGAAGGACCGGAAAAGGAGGGAGAAGGCCACAACUAUUUCAGCAGCACAAAGACACUUUGUGUGAUCGAUCCAGAGAACAGGGAUUCCCUGGAAGAGACUGACAUAGACAUUGCAACAGAAGACAAGUCUCCGAUCGACACAUAAUCUCCCUGUGUGGAGAUGAACAUUCCACCCUUGACAAGCAUGCCAGCUGAGUGGUAGGGCCAACCUACCAUGGCCAAGGCCUGCACAGAACAAAGGCCACCUGGCCUUUCCAGUUACUUGAGUUUGGAGCCAGAAUGCAAGGCCAUGAAGCAAAUAGCAGUUCCGUGCUGCCUUGCCUUGCCUGCAAGCUUGGCGGUGACCCGCAGCUGUAUGUGGUAGUAGAGGCCAGUUCCCAUCACAGCUAAAUGGCUUGAAAACAGAGGAGACAAAGCUGAGAGAUUGCUCUGCACUAGGUGUUGGGAAGCUGUCCUGACAGGUGACUGAACUCACUAACUUCAUCUAUAAAUCUCACUCAUCCCGUUGUCUGCCAACCUGUGUGCCUUUUUUGUAAAAUGUUUUCGUGUCUUUGAAAUGCCUGUUGAAUAUCUAGAGUUUAGUACCAACUUCUACAAACUUUUUUGAGUCUUUCUGGAAAAAAGAAAAAGAAAGAGAGCAGUUUCCCCCUCUUUCUUGGGCAAUAUCUUUGGCUUUCCUCCAGUUAACUUUUGCAAAUAGACAGGACAGAUGCAGUUCUAACCACAGGCUACUUCCUUCUUUUUGUCUAAUAUGACUCCUUAGUGGCCCCUGCAUCUUAGCUGUUUGCCUGCUUUGAGCACUUGUUCCCCCCACCCCCCACGGGAAGUGUCUCUGCUUUGCUUUAAACUCAUGCUCAACAAACCAGGUCUGUGGAAGAAGCUGUGCUGUUUGCCAUCAGUCUAUGGAGUGCUCCGUCACACAAGGCCAUGUGUGUGGCUGCCUCCCAGCCUCCAGGCCAUUGGGAGCUGCACACCACCUGCCAGCCCUCCUUUCUCACCCCUCCUUCACUCAAAUACUGUUUUCAAUUUAAUGCUGCCGUCUUUGUCUUGUACUGCCCCCUGCACUAACACUUCCCUCUCUUCCUGUUUAUAACCAUGUAUUUAUUACAUAAUGUACAUAUUGUAAUGUUUUGUAAGUUAUUAAUUUAUAUAUCUAACAUUGCCUGCCAAUGGUGGUGUUAAAUUUGUGUAGAAAACUCUGCCUAAGAGUUGCAACCUUUUCUUGUAAUGUUUUGUAUUGUGUAUUAUAUAUCCCAAACAUUGCUUAAAAGAGACAUGAAGCCCCAUUAAGCAGUUAAGGGCAGGAAUGGCCGUUGUUCCAAGGGUCUGCUGCCCUUUAUUUGUCUGAGUCCCUAAUUGUGCCCAACCCUUUGAUGAGCUGGUUUUGCAAACAGGUUUAUCAUAUUAGAUACUAAAUGGUUUAUACUGAAGUUUUAUUUUGUAUAGUUUGAUAGGGGCUAGGAGCACUGGGAUGUCAUUUUUUACCCGUGUUCUAUCCAAGUCUCUUGGAUGCAGGAGUUGGGUUGUCACUGGGCUCUGCUCUAAUUGUGGCUUUGGUUCUAAAACAACAACAACAACACUACAUUUGAUCACAGAUGAUACUGAGUAUUCCCAAACUACUGACUUGGAAGAGCUAGUCUCCAUACUGCUCACAAGCAGAGGAGCCAUGUUCAAAUUCAUCAAAGGCAACAAGAAGACAAUGUGAAUUUUUAUCGUAGAAUGUGAACUGAUGUCAUAAAUUACGCAAAUGUGAAGCUUCUGAUAACACUUGUUAGGCCUCUUCCUGGUGUCAGUUUCAGUUUGUAAAAUAUGUGUCAUGCUUCAGUUCAGCAUUGUGACAAAAGUUAAAGAAAAUGGCACAAAAUGUGCAUGACCAAUGAGUUUGUACAUCUGUAACACUGCGUUAUUCCAGGUGGACGUUAUAUUGUUUUCAAAAGUUUCUCACAAUGUAUGUUAUAAUAUUAUUACUAUUAUAUAUUGUGCUCAAAUGCAUUCUUAAGAAACUUUUAUAUGAGCUGAAUAAACAAAAGCAUGAAUAAAUUA